AGGAGGCUAGUGGAAGAAAGAAGGUGGAUGGUUGGUUUCCCUCUUUGAUCUGGAAGGAAUGAUGACCGAAGAAGGAUGUGCACCAGCGGCCAGAUUAUUGGGAGCCUCCUGGUGCUCUCUGUGCUGGAGAUAGGGCUGGGGGUGUCCAGCGUGGCCGUGGGGGCGGUCAGCUUCAGCCUGGCCCUCCGAGAGCACAAGCCGCAGCUCGGAGACUCGUCCCCGGUAUGGAGCGGGGUGUGUUUUCUUCUCUGUGGCAUAUGUGGAAUCUUGUGCGCCAAAAAAAAAUCUGGACUUGUCAUGAUCCUCUUUUCUGCCUGCUGCAUCUGUGGACUGAUAGGGGGCAUCCUGAAUUUCCAGUUCCUCCGGGCAGUGACCAAGAAGACCUCUUCCCUCUACCCUCUGCAUCUUGCCUCCAUGUCUCUUGCGUGCAUUGGGAUUGGCGGCUGCACCCUCUCUUCAUGGCUCACUUGCCGGCUAGCCAGCUACGAACAGAGGAGGAUGUUCUCAGAAAGGGAGCACUCGCUGCAUCACUCUCAUGAAAUGGCUGAGAAAAGAUUGAGGGCUAUUGAAAUAACCGACUUGCCCAGCUGCCCGGUGGUGCCCCCGACACCAGAGUUACCUACAAGGAAAUGACAGACAGCAUGAGCAAUGGAGGACCCCACCUGAUAUUUAAUGGAAGAGUAUAAUCAAGGUGUUAAAGAAUUUUGAACUUUUUUAAGGAUUUUCAUGAGGCAAGGAAAUACCAAAAGACUAGGAGAUAAAAUGAAAACAUUUUUUGCAUUUGUUGUUUCUUCUCCUGAGCACCCUCUAAAAUUGUUCUCAAUUUGCCUCAUUUAUUUCUUCAGUUUUUUCAUUGGAUGAAAAACUUCCCAGAAAUGUUCUAGAACAGUAAUUUCAACAGGCUUUCCAGAUUGUUCUAAAGAAGACUUUCCAGUCAAAAAAAGAGGAAGAGAUAAAACAGAUUCAUAGUCUACAUAUUCAAGCACUAUUUGCCUAGCAUGAGUAUUAGAUUUGUAAUGACAUAUUUCAUAAAAGUAAUUAAAAAGUAAGAUCAGAAAUAUCAAGAAAUAACAAUAACUUAUUAAUGUCUUUGUUUUGAAAGACAAUGGCUUCAAGAAUGCCACAAUUCAAAACCUCAGCAAUGCCUUGUUGUAAAAACAUUGUAAUUAUUUCCAAUUUGUGAAUGAACUAUAUUUCAUAAUUUAUUUGUAAAUGACAAAAAUUCUAAAGCAUAAAAGAGAGAUUUUUUUUAGAGAGAGACAAUACUAAUCUGUACAAUAUUUUUGCAUUUUUGCACAAGAGUGACAAGUUGUAAAUUAAUAUCAUUUAAGGAAAAUAAAUAUGUUUUGAUCAUACAGUGCAGAUUUGUCUGCAUGUUCAUGAAUGAGCCUAAGAAUAAAGUGUGUGUGUCUGUGUGUGUGUGUGUAUAUAUAUUGUAAAUAUUGAAAAUAUACACAGCAUAUAUUUAUAGCAAUAUUAAUGUAAACAGGUAGUAGAAAAGAAAUCGUGACACGGUGGGGGUAUUAUCAAUAUUCUAUUCCCACAGAGAUCGGAAAACAAUUAUUCAAGGCUUUUUUAUGCCCACAAAAAUCACAUAUUUAAUUUCUGCUAAAUUUGUUCAUUUUUAUUCUUUGUAUUCUGUCUGCUAUGAGUAAAUAUGUGGCUGAUAUUUAUGGAGUUGAAUGAUCUAAAUAGUGUAGUGUAAAGAUAGGUUAACUAUUUGUCUCUUUUACUAUUAUUAUGGAAUUUAUGUAAUAACAACUACUAAUACUGAUCAUAAACACAACUUGAAAUCACACACUUCCACAUUUAUAAUAUAUAUAUAUAGAUAGAUAGAUAUAAUGACUUGUUAUUAUUCACGGUACUUAUAUUUCAAACACUUCACAGCCCAAUUAAGUUACAUAAAAGGACAAUGAUGAUAAUGAUGCACAAAAGGUGAAGUUACCAUUAGCUUUGUUAAAAUUUAAUUUAGGUUUUUUGUUUAUUUAUUUUACAAUUCAUCUGGAAUAAUACAGAGAGACCAUUUUUAAGAAUGCAUAUAUCCAAAGAACCUGAAAGACUUAUCUGUAGGAGGAAAUGAAAAGAUAGGCUUACAUUUAUAGAGCUAGAUCCAAUCCUUCUCUUCCAUCAUGGAAUGUUAAAAUAGCAACCUACGACAAUAUGUAUAAGCAAGAAAAUAGCAUGGUCUUUGAAAACAUUUAUGAGAAUAUAACCUCUGUUAACAGAUAAAGAACUCUAUUAUUUUUAAAUGUUUAACUCUCACUGUUUUGUAUACUUUUAUUUUUCUCCAAAGCUAAUCAAUUUUCAAGUCAUUUUUAUGAGUUACUUAUUAAGUUAUAGGUAAGUUAACAUCUUUAAUACUCAGGAUAAGAACAUGUUAUAAAUAUAAGCGAAAUAUGGGGUUAUUGUGCUAACAAGAUAACAGUAAUUCCAGUUAGUGGAAAUCUGAGGGUCUUUUAGUUUUAGAGCAACAUGAUCUUCACCCACCCUAUUUAAAUCAGCUCACAGAAAAAUUCUGAAUGUAUAUAAUCAAAAGAAGUAGCUGGACUGUGACUGUUCGGUGUGAUUUUUGAAGUCUCCCAACUCACACAGAUAACUUCACUCUCCAGUAGAUUACAGAAGUUGCCCAUACAUGCAACCUCAAGUGGUGAAUCAAUACCAUCACUGUUCAUUUGGUGCCACAAGCAGGUGUGAUCUUUGUCACUGAAAAUCUAUACAAUGCAGAUAUUUUGGGUGUUUGUGGUUCCACUGAGUUUAUGCAUGGGUGUGCUUUGUACUGAAAGAAUAACCACCAACACUAAUUUUAGGUGAUAUUUCUUUGUAGACAGGUUUAUACAAUACAGAGUUAGAAUACACCAUAAUUUGUUUUAACACCUUUUGAAAUAAUUUAUGAAACCACCCAUUAAAGGACAAAAGUGGGCAUAUCACUGCUUUGACAUAGAGUUAAGAGAUGCAAUCAUCACAGUUAUCCAAAUAGUCUACAGUGUAAAUAAACAGUAUAGGUAUGUCUUUAAAUGUAAUUGUUUUAACCCAGUACUUUCAGGGCUCAGUUAUUUAGUGUGCUUUAUUUGGAAUGUGUAGUGAUUCUUUUUGAGAUAUGUAGGGAAAGUUGGGAAGAGAUUGUUCAAGUAUUUAAAAAUUUAAUUUUCACAAUACAUUGAGCUAUGAACUAGACUAUUUUAAGUGACUACAUUACAGUUUUAGUAUGAGCCUAUACUUGGGAAAAGUAAUGUGAUACUACAUUAGAACAAAUAUGUAAAACUAGUGUGGUGGUGUGCUGCAGAGACUAGCUACAAAAAGGUGCAGUUACAAGCGUGGGAGAAUAAAAGUGGACUCCGCUUGGAAAUCUUUAAAUGUGUGUGUGUGUGUCCACAUACACACAUAUAAUUGUUUAGAAGUGGAACACAGUAUGAUGACUUUAUUGAUAUGUUUAUGUAAUAAAAUGGUGUGUUUUGAAACUACAUAUGCUGUGAGUUUUCUUUUCAGCAUGAUACCAAAAAAUACUUUCCCCCAAUAGCUAGAUGAACAAAUGUGCUGUUUGGA